AUGAAUUUUUUUUUUUAUACGAAAAUAAACAAAGACAAUAUUAAUUUUGAGAGCUUAAAAAAUGAUGAAAUAAUAUUAAAUAUUUAUUUAGAUGAUAUAAGUUAUUAUAGUGGUGAUGUUUUUAAAGCAAUAUUUGAAUUAAAGGGGCCAAAUAAAUACAUUGGAAAUAUUAAGUUAGAUUAUAUUGUUAUAUAUUUAUAUGGUGUUUAUAUAUUUAAUAAAGAGGUUAUAAAUGUUUGUGACGAAUUAAUAAAAAAACAAGAUAAUAUUAAUUUACCUUUUUAUAAUGAAAAUGAUUUAAAAGAGCAAAGAUUUUUAAUUUUCUACACUAAUUCUAUAAUUUUAUGUAGUGAUAUAAAAUUUGAAAAGCCUAAUGAUACAUCAUAUUAUAUUUUAGAAUGUAUUCUUCCUUCAUUUAUUCCACCCUCAUAUAAUGGGAAAAAUGUAAAAUUUAAAUAUUAUUUGUACGUUCAUUCAGUUAAGAGAUUAUAUAAAAAUAGAAAAGAUUUUAUUACAAAAGAUUAUAAAGCAUGUUUUCCUAUAAAUAUAUUAAAUUCAAAAUAUAUUAAUUCUCCUUUUUUAAAUAUUUUAUCAUUUCCUAUAAAACCUUUUAACUUAAAAAUGGAUAAUAAAAAAAAGUCUAAUUAUUUUUUUCAUAAUUUCCAUAUUAAAAUUAAAGAUGUAAAUAGUAAAUGUACAAGUAAUAUUCCUAAAGUUAUUUUUAAUAGUACUUGUAUUCCUUCAUAUAUUUAUAAUAAUACAAAAAAAUCCAACUUAGAGAAUCUUUUGUGCAUUUAUAACAUUUAUUCUUUAAGAAAAGAAGAUUCAUAUUUAUAUUUAUUAAACUAUUUUGUUAAUAACUAUAACUAUUUUUAUUUUAUGCAUUUAUUUUUUUAUUUUAUAUAUCACUAUAAUUAUUAUGUUAAUAAUAUUAAGACAACGGAAUUAUUUAAAAAUAUCAAAUUUGACUCCUUUUUAAAAAUUCUACAAAAUUAUAACUAUGUUAUUAAAAAUAAAAAUCCAAUAAAAAUUAAGUUAAAUAGACAAAAAAUUAGUAUGAAGCAAAUAGUUAAUCAACCAAAACACAAAAAAUUCUCAAAAUUUUCAUCAAUAGAAAGAUGUAUAACUAAAAAUAAUCACGAAAUUUGUUAUUCAAAUGAUGAUAUGAUCAUUACAAGUAAAAAUAAAUUUCAUAAUGCUCUUAGCAUACCAAAUGUUAAAUUAAAAAAAACUGAUUUCUCAAAUACUAAUAUAAUUUACAACAAAGAUAAUUAUAAAAGUAACUAUGUAAAUAAAAAUGAAGAAAAUUAUAAUAAAGAAAAUAGUUUAAAUAAGAGCAUAAAUAAUAAAAGUAUAAAUGAAGAUAAAGAUAAAAAUAAAAGAAAAAAUGAAAAUAAUUUUAAUAAUCCCAUUGAUAAUUUUAUUUUUUAUGACGACAAUGAUUUAUAUGAUUUCUACUUUUGUGAAUAUGAUAAUUUUGUAUUUAAUGACAUUAUAUACACCCCUGUUAAAUGGUAUGACAAUUUAGUUUUUGAUAAUUCAGAAAAUUCUUCAUAUCCUCAAAAUUAUUAUAUGGAAGAUAAUAAAAAUAACACUACUAAUAUAAAUUAUGAAAGUCCUUCAGAUUUUAAAAGUGAAAAUAAAAAUUCUUAUAGUUCAGAAGAAGAAACAUAUGACGAAUUAAAUUAUAAUCAAAGUUAUAAUAAGAAAAAUAAAGAUAAAAAUAGUCAUAAUAAAUUUAAUGAAAAACAAACAAUUGACAAUCUGAAUAAGGAAAAAGAAAAAAAAUUAACUGAAAUUCAUCUAAUUGAUAAUAAAAAAACAAACUUUAAUAAAACAAAGAAUAAUAAAGUUUUAGAAAAUAAUUUUAUAAAAUAUGAUAAGGAUUUUGAAAAAAUAAAUACCAUAAUAAAAUUUAUGAUUGAUUGUGAUAUGUUUAAAUAUAUAAAUACGAAAAAAAUGAAAUCAACUAAUUUGCAAGAUGAACCAAUGGAUACUUCAAAUAAUAAGAAGGAAGAAGAUAAAAUUUUUAAUAAUGUAUGUAGAAAUGUGUAUCGAAUAAAUUCUGGAAAUAUGAAUAUUUGUUAUAUUACUUUAACUGAUGCAAAUAAUAAUAAAAUAGCUAAUACAUUUACUUAUAAUAGUAUUAUAAAUAUAAAUAUUGAUUUUAGAAAUGCAGAGAUAUCCACUAUGCAUGUUGAUGCUACCUUACAAAGAUAUGAAAAAGUAAAAUUGAAAAAAAAACUAUUAAAUAUAGCAAAAAAAAACUUAUAUGAUGAAAAUAGCGUAUUAGAAGAGGGUUAUUCAUCAUUUAAUUCAGAUGAAUCAUCAUAUAAUGUUGUUUCAAGUUAUAAAACGAUAAUACAACAAAGUGUUUGCACAUUAUAUUGUUCUGAAAAAAAUAUAAGCAUUAUAUUAAAUGAUGAAGUCAUACCUACAUUUAGAAAUGAUCUUAUAAAAAUUGAUUAUUUCAUUGAUAUAGAUUUUUAUUGUUUUAAUAAUGAUGCAUUUUCAUUAACUCCUAUUUCUCUAUAUAAAGAAUUUGAAAAUAUUUAUAAUUUAAAAUUUCGUAUUCCUAUAUACAUAGUAGAAAAAACACAUGAAAUAUACGAAAAUUAUUCCAAUUUCGAUGACUCUGUAAGUGAAAUUAAAUUAGACCAACAUAAGUUUUUUUUAAAAAAUAAUUAUAAAUUUACUUAUAUGGACAAAAAACAUUUUAUAAAAAGUGUAACAAUGUAA